GAACAAAGGCGGCGUUUUUUUCAAAAAGCCAGCAGGCAGCGCGGCAGCGCUGGGCGGAAGGAAGGCGCAAAGGUUAAGGACAGUUACUGCAGUGGCACAUACGCUGACGUACGCCCAGUAGGUUAUUUAGAACCUGUCCGAAAAGUGUAGCUUCGUUUCAACUUGCGCUAGACUCCACAACCAUGCGUGUUACAUGCAGCAUCUGCAUGGACUGUUUCGACCGCACCAGCAUCGACAACGUGAACACCACUGCCUGCGGCCAUGUUUUUCACGAACUCUGCCUUCUCCACUGGCACGAGAUGUCCAAGACCUGCCCUACGUGCCGCAAGCCUCUCCGACAGCGGCAGAUCUUCAAGCUCUUCUUUUCCGCUUCCGAGUCCAGGGACGAGGACGUGAGCAGUCUCCAGAACCAACUGGACGAUGCCAAAGCCAAGCUGCGGGCCGCUGGCGUGGAGAAAAUCAAGCAGCAGGAAGCCGCUGACGCUUUGAAGGCGUUCCUCAUUCAGCGCGAAGACGAAGUCCAGCAGAUUAAGGAAAAGUACAUGACGGCGAUUGGUGACCGGAACUUGCUGGAGAGCAAACUGCGGUCCAUGAAGAAAGAGGUCGCCGAAAAGAGGCAGUUGUCGGACGAGAACAUCGUGCUGAGGGCCCGGCUCGAGGAGUGCGAGAAUGUGAGGAAACUGAUGGAGAGUACAUCGAAAGAAGCCGAAGAGCUCCUCAGGUCCUACGGCGACGGCUAUGGGACGCAGAAGCAGCUUGCAACAUACUGCUGUCUCCUGAAACGGGAACUGCAGUCGACAAAGGACUCGCGAUCCAAUAUGGCGAACGAGGUGACACGUCUGAUAAAGGAGGCAAGCCACUGGACUGCCCGGGCCAAGCGACAGGUGGUGGAGCUCAAGGCGCUGGAGGCUGAGGUGGGGGAAACGAAGAAGUUGCUUCAGGAUGCUGAGAAGCGGAUUAGGAUCCUGAAGGAAAAGAGGCACCACGAUCACAUGCUGCUCGAUCAUUCCCUGCAAGAAAGCCCAGCACCCGAACGGCUGAAGCGACCACGCCUGACAGAUCCCGAAACUACGCUGUCUCCCGAAGUUCCGUCCCCAAGCGUCAAGAUCGUCAUGUGUGCCUGGAAGAAGCCGGGCGACGUCGCCGUGCCGACCAGGCUGCCACUGGUCACGCGGGGGAACCUGUUCCGCCCCGGCCUUUCGUCGUCCGGUUCCCCUCCGUCUGUCAUCCGAACCGGCUACAACGGUCUCGGCGGACACUCCAAGCACAUUGUCGGGUCGAAGGCUCUUUCGACUCGUCCGUGAACGCUUCCUCCACACUCCCCACUGGAGCGCUCUUUUUAUAUGUUGACUUGGAAUAAUUCUGCAAGUUUCGUGUUCUUGACCCUUCUUUUUUUUUCUCUCGUGCUUCUACCUUUUAUGUGGAAACAGUGUAACGACUAUGGUGGUUUUGGGCCGGAUAAAUGGGGACGUUCAGCAAUUUUCAAGAAAACAUUUUUUUUUUGUUUUUUUUUUUCACGAUUUGCAGAUGUGCCCCCGUUUUGGACCAAUUGCCUUUUCUUUGAAACAAGCAAGCAAGAUUUUUUUUUUUUUUUGUCUUUUGUGUAGAAGUAGCAUGAAUGCCUUUAGAUGCUUUUUCAGUUUGAGAACAAUUGCAGGUUUUAGAUUUUUUAGGUUUUAGACGCAAGUUUAGUUUCUUUAAAUUUAAAGCUCUAGUUUUUUUAUGUAUAUUAUGCUUUUUUUUUUUUUUUUUACUUCCAGACUAGGGAACUUUCUACAGCUUGCAGAUGCGUUCCUGCUUUGUGUCGACUUUUGAUUAACUAUGCCAGAUUCACGUUACUGCCAUUCAGUGUUUUAUGUGACAAGCCAAAUGUCUGCCAGUUUUAUUUUUGUGUCUUGUACUACAACAUGGAAGUAGCAUGAAUGUUUUCUAGGUCUCAGUGGUUUGGGGGCUGAUGAGUGUUGAAUAAAAACGAGGGAAUUCGCGCAUGAAGUUUUCAGAAAAUAUUUUUAUAUUUGUGUAUGCCUGUGAACCCAUUGUUUAGUUUUUUUUAAAUUUUGGGCAUCAGUUGUGUGUAUUAAUAGCAGUGCAGCUUGUCGACUAUAUUUUGGGCCAAAUGGAAGUAUGAGAAUAAACUGACUGUAUGCAACAUCUUAAAAAAACAAAAAAACUACUUGUUUGCAUUUUCUUGCAGAACCCAUUCGUAACAAUCACUCUUAUACACGUCUUUUUUGCUUUGACACUUAAACUUAACAAUUGCAAAAAGGAAAACUGAAUUAAUGGAAGAAUAGUGAACUCUUAUCUGCCAAGCAUAAAUAAAUGUACUUUUA